CAAAUGGAGACGGUAAUGUCUUUCUCUCCUUCACCACUCACUUCUCAGCUCCAUAUAUUCUCACCCUAUAAAACCAGAAGAAACAAAGGUAAAACCCACCUGGGAUCAUGCCACGUCCGCCCCAGAAUGUCCCUUGAUCAACCACCUUCACCUUCUUCUUCUUCUUCAAACCCCGGCACCACACUUCUCAAAAACGUUACCAAGCUCCUGUGGGGGCCAUCCCUCCCCCCGGGACUCCUUAUCUCAACUGUUCGUACCGCAUGGAACUCCACGUGGCAACUCAUGAUGUCACAGCUAGCCCCUUCUGAUUCCUCCGGCAACUACACCAGACCCGCCUCCAAAUUCUCCCUCCAGAAGAACCCACCGGCCACCACCAACCUCCACCUCUAUGUAGGCUUGCCCUGCCCCUGGGCCCACCGGACCCUGAUAGUUCGAGCUCUGAAAGGCCUCGAGGACGCCGUUCCAGUAUCGAUUGCGUCGCCGGGCCAAGACGGUUCCUGGGAAUUUAAAGCUAUCCGUGGCCGGGGUACAGAUAUUCUCGUUCCGGGUGUGGAUAACGUAAACGGGUGUAAGAAUUUGAAGGAAGUUUAUAAGUUAAGGAUAGGAGGGUACACUGGAAGGGCCACUGUGCCUAUGCUAUGGGACGUUGUUAAAAAGGAUGUGGCUUGUAAUGAGAGUUACGAUAUAAUUCAGAUUUUCAACUCGGGGUUAAAUGAGAAGUCCCGUAAUCCAAGUUUGGAUCUUGCACCAGGUGAAUUUAAGGGAAAGAUUGAAGAGUGGAAUAAACUCAUUUACCCCAAUGUCAAUAAUGGAGUUUACAGAUGUGGGUUUGCACAAAGUCAGGAGGCAUAUGAUAGGGCAGUGAAUGAUGUGUUUAACACAUUGGAGACGAUUAAUGAUCACUUGGGUGGUUCCCGUUAUUUGUGUGGAGAAACACUGACUCUUGCGGAUGUUUGUCUGUUUACUACAUUGAUUCGGUUUGAUGUUGUGUAUAAUGUGUUGUUUAAAUGCACAAAGAAGAAGCUGAUUGAGUAUCCCAAUCUUCAUGGGUACAUGCGUGACAUUUAUCAGAUGCCUAAGGUUGCAGCCACGUGCAAUUUUAUGGAGAUUAUGGAUGGUUAUUACAAAAUACUUUUUCCCCUGAAUCCAGGAGGCAUUCGACCAGCGAUGCCAUCAGGAUGCGAGCACCAACUUCUCUCCAGACCUCACAACAGAGAAUCCCUGUCAUCAGUUGAUAAUAACAUGCACGUUAAUGUUUCUUAGGGGCCUUCAAAAUGAGUUACAUUACAUAAGAAUAUUAUGAAAGUCGAAUAUCUGUA